AUGUCAGGACCAGUCCAGUCAGCAGCAUAUCGCUGCUGCCAGCUCGCAGCUAGCACACAGAAGCGAAGUUUGUCGUCACAGUGUCUCCGUCUCUCUUCAAGAAGCUCCGCAAACCAAUUCCAACGACGAAACACCCUCGCAUCCCCUUCAAGGAGACGGCAAUCCACAGAUGCUGCAGCUCCACCUACGAACCCUAAAAUCUCGGGGAUUGUCGACCAAAUAUCCCAGCUGACGCUACUAGAGACUGCCGAUCUGGUUGCAAGCUUGAAGUCUCGCCUGAACAUCCCCGACAUGGCAUUCGCCGCACCAGCUGCAGCAGGUGGCGCCGCCGCACCACCGACUCCCGUGGAGGAGGAAGAAGCUGCUCCCGCCCCGGCAGAAAAGACCAUGUUUAACCUGAAACUUGAAUCCUUUGAAGCUACGGCGAAACCGAAGGUCAUCAAGGAAGUCAAGAGCAUGCUGGGUCUGAGUUUGGUUGACAGCAAGAAGUUUGUCGAGAGUGCACCCAAGUUGUUGAAGGAAAGCGUGCCUAAGGACGAGGCUGAGAAGAUCAUCGCCACCUUGAAGGCACUCGGCGCUGUCGUCACCAUGGAUUAG